AUGCACGAUUGUUCAUCUCAACUCAGCAAUAUAGAUGAUGGAGAAUUCGAAAUCGCUGCUGCUGCUGCUGAUGAUGAUGAUGCCGAUAAUAGAACAACAGCUGAUCUUAACGUAGAUGAUGACAACAAUGAUGAUUUUUGCUCUAAUGAUGAUUACUAUGAUAAAGAUGAACAGGGUGACACUCGAAAUUUAAUAAAUACAACAAAAGAGAACUUUGCUGGAAUGAAAAUCCUUAAUGCGGUCCAGCCUCGCAUGGAACAUUGUUAUUUUAAAGUUACGGUGAAUGAUGAUAUAAAAUACCUACACCAGCAGACUGCUUGUUGA